CAGCAUUUUUUCGGAAUCAACAGAAACUCAUCACGAAUAAGCAAAACUGCAGCUAAAAUGUCAACGAAAACGCCAGAUCCCCGCCAAUUACCACCCGACCCACGUCUUCGAACCCCGACCACUUCCUCCCAGGAUACCGUCGUCGCAGCCCUCGUCCAGCUGUACGAGAACCUGCCUCACAUUGAGCCCUCGCAUGUUCAUCGUGCGCCCUCUGAAGGAUGGCCCCAGAUUACCAUUGAAUCGGUCGCCGCCCGCGGCCUGCGCAAGACUCCAGAGGCGGUUGAGCUGCUUCGGCACCUGCCAUACAUCGACGGGCCCAAACGUUGCUGGAUCGCGCCCUAUGCCUACCCCGUCGACUACCGCUUCGUCGUGAGUAACGCCAAAGGUAUUCCUUUUGUGUGGGAACUAAACAAGUCCGACGGGGAGGAGGAUAUGUUUCCGCCGUGGGUUGUGCAACUUACGACGGGCGACGACAGCGGGGCCGAAAAUUUCAUGUUGGAUACCAUGGACGGCACGGUGACUAAGUACGUUGUGACAGGCCCUGUAUACCCAGAUGCGCGAGGCCGCUAUGCCAAAGACGACCCGCGGGCGUGGCGCGAUGAGUGGUGCGAUAAUUGGACGAAGCCGGUCGAGCAGCUGGCGGCUGAAUGGCAAGAGAAGUACCGGCGUAUGCAGUUUCUGGGCAUGCCGGGGAAUAUGUAUUUCCCGGGCGUGUUGAACGAUCCUGGUGAGCGGGGUGGGUUCAUGUGGAACGAAUGUGAGGCAAUGAAAAGGAUUUAUACCGAACAUGGAUGGCCUGACAGUUACCGCGGCGAUGAGUGCCGGCAAGCCCUUAUACAUUGGUGGAAGAAUAGAGAAUGAGCGGCGUGUCCUCGUGGGUGAAGUCAAGUACUGGUGCCCAUCCAGACAGUUUCCUAUGUAUCUUAAAUUCGUGAAAGUGCAAUUAAGUGUUUUUAAGAAGAAA